UUACUACUAGGAGCAAGGGCGCUACUAGGGGCUCCUGGCAUCGCUACUAGGAGCAAGGACGCUACUAGGAGCAAUACGAGUGGAUGCCUCACACAAUUCGUGGCUGUUCACAAAGUAAAAUAGGCUGAGUGACAUGCUAGGUUGCCUCUUCAUGCAUGGCUCCUUUGCCGGCUUGGAAGAAGGUUUUGUAUUUGAAGCAGCCGUACGAUGACAACUACGUAGAUUCUUCUUUUCUUGAUUCACUGAAAGUCAAUGCGCAUCUACAAAAAUACGAGUUUUGGGCCCUGUGGCACGAUGCUCUCUCGAUCAUUUUCCAGCUUUCUUUGGUAGUGAUGUUUCUUAACGUCUGGUGGAGGAUGCAACAAUCGUUGUGGAAUCUACAAGGGCUCUUGGUGCUUGAUGGAAUCCUUUUCGGAGGUUUCAUUCUAGGAUGGAGAAGAGAGCACACAGUGGAGGCUCUUCUGGACGUGUUGCAAGCUGCCAAGAUCAUUUUUCCGCUUUGGGUCCUUGCGCCACUGCUGCAGACUUUGACCAGAAGCUGGAGUGAUGACACAAUCGCUGCCAUUGCUAGCAUCCUUUUGGUGUUGCACGUGGCUUCCUUUCGCUACAAGGAUUCUCCGGUUUUGUCUCAGGGUUCAGCAUCAACAGCUGCCAGUCCUGGGGCUGUGCGCUCUUUGCCGGGCUGGUGGCCCAACUGCCUUGAAUGCGGCAAUGCUUGCGGCAACCAUCCUCGCCUCGCGCCUGCUGACUGCUCAAGAGGCUCUAGCGAUAAGACCCUGGACAAGGUCUUUGCCUUUAUGAGUUUUGCUAUGGAGGUCUUCGUGCUGCCAAGGAGAAGAAUUGCUGCGUUGUUUCCUGCGUGGCUCUAUUUCUUGAUGACCUUGCGCUUUUCGCACUGCAUUUUCCUGUCGCUGCCCCAAGGUCUUGACGGUGUUCGUCCUCUUUUUUUCCUCUUUAUGUGCUCUGGUUAUGACUGGUUUCACCGUGGCAGAAACUUGGCAAAGCAGCAUUUCAGCGACUCAUUGGCAAGAUGUCUACAUUUAUAUACAAUUCUUUAGCACCAAGGCCGCUGCCUUUGUCAUAGUGACUGCCAUGAUUGGACUUCUCAGUCCCGCAUUGUUCCUGUGCGUGCAGCGACACAAAGCUCAAAUCCAGGCCAUCGCGUGGGUCUAGGUCUAAGUUGUUGCAAAACUGUUCAAAUAUCUUCAGCGCUACUGGCCUUGGUUGCCGUUGCCCUUUGUUGCAUUUUCACUUUGGUGGCAACAAACACUUGCAACCACUUGUGUAUACUUGUGUAAUUAAUCAUCCUGAACUUGGACAUGGCAGGGCUUGUUGCAUCCAGACAUUCGCUAGUUUGCAGGACAUUUCAAUAUUAAAUUCAAUCUUUGGAUGAGGAUCCUGGCCGUUCUACCGGUCCCGCAAAUGGUGAUGACAAGUUUUAAGGGUUUCCCACUUUUCAGCAGCUGACUAUCCCACGGCUUCGUGUCGAGGUGAAGGUUUUCCUCAUACGAAACAUGACUGGCAUCAUUUGGCACUUGCUUCACUUGCUUGAAACAAGAGCUUUUGCCUUUCUCGAGAUUGCCCCCGAAGCUUGUUGCCAGGGACCUUGGGACAUUGCCCAUGUAAUGCCUUCGCUUGGACGAUCUCAGCAUCUCAAAUAAUGGAAGCUGUCAUCAUUAGUAAGUGCAGGCGGAAAUCAUGGACAGCAAGCAAAUGAUAUGGCUUGCAGGGAGUUCUUCACGGCUAAAAGAGAUCGCUUUUUCUUUUUUAAUAGUUCUCUUUCUCUUGACUUGAAACAAGCGGCAGCUGCUGUCUCCAUGCGUCGUAGUCUAGCAGCAUGUCAGUACUUUCCAUGUGCUGUGUAUGUGCAGCUAUACAGCCCUUGUUUCUGCAAUACAAUGAAUUACUAAAAUGCUGGUGAUGUAUCUUCUUGUCAUGCUUGCGAGCUUAGCAAUGAGAGUAGGAGUAGUAGUAGUGGUGGUAGUAGUAAUUGGUAGUAAUUGGUAGUAGUAGUAGUAGUAGUGGU